ACUAAUCUCGGAGAUCAAACCGUCUUCACCUAAAUUAUUUCUUAUUAUCUCCGGUGUGUGAUCGGAUCCAUAUCGGAGAAGAAGGAGUAUUUAUGGGGGUCUUAGCAUGCGUAGCAGUGAUUUCACCGUUCCCAUUCUACUAUUGGCUAUGGAGGUAUCCCCAGACAUGGGUGGAUCUUUGCGGAAAAGAUCGAGACCCAUGUCACGUGAUGGCGAUGGUGUCUCACGUGCUGAAGCUGCUCCAGUUCAUCGCUAUUCUCUCGGUAUCCACGUUUUCUUGGCCGCCGCCUUUCUACUUCUGGCCGCUAUUCUUCUCCGGCCAGUUCCUCAACGUGAGGGUGUAUCAAUUGUUGGGGGAGUCUGGGACGUAUUACGGCGUGAGGUUUGGGAAGAAUAUUCCCUGGGUGACUCAGUUUCCGUUCGGAGUAAUUAAGGAUCCCCAGUACGUUGGCAGCGUUUUAAGCCUUGUGGCUUGUCUGUCUUGGGUUCCUUAUACGUAUAUUCUGGUUUGGAUCCUCGGAUAUGUUUUUAUGGUUCACGUGGAAUCUAAGGAAGAUCCUGGUUCUCGUGCCAAGCCGCUAUCCUAGCCUGAUUUAAUUAGCAGAUCGGAGAGACAAGAAUUUAUGAUGGAUGCACAACCAGGCUUGUUCUGAUCUUUAAUUUGUGUUAGUUGUUUAAUAUUUUGGGGUUUUUCUAAUCCUUGUCUAGAAAGUUGGGUUAGCAUGUAUGAUUGACUGAUAUUGUGGUAUGUUAUGGUUUUAGACUUUUAGCAGUUGAUGAUACUCAAAUCUAAAUCACUCAUCGCUAUUGCACUUUCAAUGCCAAAGAGGCAUCUGGAACUAUCUAUCAUUUUCCUUGAA